AUGGUAACUUCAAAUGCGAUGGUUGUCAUGAUUCUCAUAGUGAUUUACAGCAGAGUUAUGUGGCAAGUUAACGGCUGUAGCGGGAGGGAUUCCAGGUGCGGACGUGACGGCCCGCCAAUCCGAUUUCCCUUCCGACUUAAAGGCAGUGAAACAGAAAAUGGAUGCAGUUAUACAGGAUUUGAUCUUACUUGUUCCGACAAAAACAAAACACUAAUAGAGCUUCCUUCACCUUCUGGUCCAGUUGUACUCGAAGUCAAUAGCAUAUUUUAUGCAGAGCGCCAUUUACGAGUAUCUGACCCAGAAAAUUGUCUUCCAGGACAGUUUUUAAAGCUCUUUCAAUAUCUAACUUCUCCUUUUAAACUAGCUGAGAGUUCCUAUACUACUUAUAACUUCACUUUCCUCCAUUGUAGCUCAAUAUCCUGCCCAGUUCAUGUUGUUAGGUCUUCUAAUACACUCCUUGACUCAGGUUUGGAUCCACUACUUUGCACCAAGACUUUAGAUGUUAUUUCCUCAGCGGUGUACUCGCCUGCAUAUCUGGAAUAUGAGAAUUUUUUGGAUUUGACAUGGUCAAAACCCAAUUGUAUGAAGUGUGAAAAAGAAGGCAAGAUGUGUAAACUGAAAAACAACGGAACAGAAGAUGAGACGGAAUGUUUUGACCGUCAUCACAAACCAACUAAGAAAAUAAUUCUAUAUGUCACAGUUUCGUUCGUUGGUUUGAUGUUGGUGACAUUGAUUCUCACAACAUGCUUAUGUGUCUAUAACUAUUUUAAAAUGAAAGGUGAGGACGAGACUAGAAUUGAAAAAUUCUUGGAGGAAUAUAGAGCGCUCAAUCCUGCAAGAUUCUCGUAUGCCGAUAUAAAGAGAGUUACGAAUAAUUUUAGAGAAAAAUUAGGUGAAGGAGCUCAUGGAGCGGUUUUCAAAGGUAAACUAUCGAAUGAAAUUCUCGUGGCUGUGAAGAUGCUUAACAACACAGAGGGUGAUGGAAAAGAAUUCAUUAAUGAAGUGAAAGCAAUGGGAAAAGUUCAUCACAUUAAUGUGGUUCGCUUGCUUGGAUUUUGUGCAGAUGGAUGCUAUCGUGCUCUUGUUUAUAAUUUCUUUUCAAACGGUUCAUUACAAAAAUUUAUAGCCCGACCUGAUGACAAGGACCGUUUUCUCGGCUGGAAGAAAUUACAUCAAAUUGCUAUCGGCAUAGCAAAGGGUAUUGAGUAUCUUCAUAUGAGUUGUGAUCAACAAAUUCUUCACUUUGAUAUUAAUCCGCACAAUGUGUUAUUAGACGACAAGUUACUUCCCAAAAUUACAGAUUUUGGUUUGGCUAAAUUAUGUUCUAAAGAUCAAAGCGCUGUUUCAGUAACUGCUGCAAGAGGAACUUUGGGAUACAUUGCACCUGAAGUAUUUUCAAGAAACUUUGGAAAUAUAUCGUAUAAAGCAGACAUAUAUAGUUAUGGGAUGUUACUACUAGAAAUGGUUGGAGGAAGAAAGAAUAUAAGUCAGUUGUCUGAGGAAAAUUCCCAAGUUCUAUAUCCAGAAUGGAUUCACAAUCUCUUUGAAGAGAAAGAUGUGCAAGUGAAAAUUGAGGGAGAAGAAAAUGAUAUAAUAUUAAAGAAACUUGCAAUUGUAGGACUGUGGUGCAUUCAGUGGCAUGCAAUAAACCGCCCAUCUAUAAAAGUUGUGCUUCGAAUGUUAGAGGCUUUAGAAGAAGAAAAUUUGGUUGUGCCGCCAAAUCCUAUUCACUCAAGUACUUUCAAAGUUGCUGAAAUUCCGACAAAAUACUCAACUUUAGAGUUGGAAUCUAUACAUGAAUGA